CCUGUCUUCCGGUGAUGUGUUGUCUAACGCGGGGUCUUUGAAGGCGUGGGCUGUCAAAGCCGUUGUUGCGACGUUGGAUCGUUAUUCGUAUUUUUUUUUAAAAUACAUCCAUGGUCGCCAGGCUGUCUCUCAUACGACGGUAUGCCAUUCUCGGUUUUAUUAUCGUCGGAUAUAUUAUCUUUCAAUUCACACGCCAACACCCAGAUGUGGGGAGAAUGAGCCAGAAAGAGGGACUGAGGGCCAACUCCUCUCAGUUCACUCUGGAGGGAGAGCCCUUUCGCAUCCUGGGGGGCUCUAUCCACUAUUUCCGCGUCCCCAGAGCCUACUGGGGGGACCGCCUGCUGAAGAUGAGGGCGUGUGGGGUCAACACUCUCACCACAUAUGUGCCAUGGAACCUGCAUGAGCCAGAGAGAGGGGUUUUCAACUUCCAGGACCAAUUGGAUUUAAAGGCGUACAUCAGUCUAGCAGCAGAGUUGGGGCUCUGGGUGAUUCUGCGGCCAGGACCCUACAUCUGUGCUGAGUGGGACUUAGGAGGGCUGCCCAGUUGGUUGCUGCGUGAUCCAGACAUGAAGUUGAGAACAACCUACCCAGGUUUCACAGAAGCAGUUGACUCCUUCUUUGAUCAACUCAUUCCAAGAGUUGCACCAUAUCAGUACUCCAAGGGGGGCCCAAUUAUAGCAGUUCAAGUGGAGAACAAGUAUGGCUCUUAUGCAAAAGACGUAGAAUAUAUGCCAUACAUAAAGGAGGCAUUAUUAUCCAGGGGGAUCGAGGAGCUGCUCCUGACCUCAGACAACCAGGAUGGGCGGAACCUCGGGGGUGUGAAUGGAGUUCUAGAAACCAUCAAUUUUCAGAAACUGAGCCCAGAGGGAUUUAAGUAUCUGGAUGCAAUUCAACCCCAGAAGCCCAAGAUGGUGAUGGAGUAUUGGUCUGGGUGGUUUGACCUCUGGGGUGACCUUCACCAUGUUUUUGCUGCUGAGGACAUGGUUACUAUUGUGACGGAAAUCCUGAAACAGGACGCAUCAAUCAAUCUUUACAUGUUCCACGGAGGAACUAAUUUUGGCUUCAUGAACGGGGCCUUUGCAAUUGCCACGCCCAUGCCUAAGCCAAUGGUAACAAGCUAUGAUUACGAUGCUCCGUUAUCUGAGGCAGGGGAUUACACCACCAAGUACACUCUUCUGAGGAAUGUAUUGAGCCGCUACCACAGUGAGAAGCUUCCUGAGGUUCCCUCCCUCCAGGCCAGGAGAGUGUAUGAGCCUGUCAUCAUUCAGAAGCAUCUGUCACUGUGGGAGAGCCUGCAGUUUACUGACAAGCCCUUGAAGUCAGAGAAACCAGUCAACAUGGAGAACCUUCCUGUCAACAAUAACAAUGGUCAGUCCAACGGCUACACUCUGUAUGAGACCAUAAUCCACAGCGGAGGCCUUCUGAACUCCAUGAACAAUGUUAGAGACAGAGCCCUGGUGUUUGUGGACAAACUCUUUGUUGGAGUUCUGGACUAUAAGACGCUGGAGUGUGCUCUGCCUGAUGGAAAGGGGGAGAGAACAUUGAGUUUACUCGUGGAGAACUCUGGGAGACUGAACUAUGGUAAACUCCUAGAUGAACAGCGUAAAGGUCUUGUCGGAGACAUUGAGUUGAACAAUACCCCGCUACGAGACUUUAUCAUUCAUAGUCUGGAUAUGAAGCCUGGCUUUGUAAAUAGACUGAGUGCAUCAGGCCAGUGGAACUCUGUUUUCCAGAAGCCUUCCUUUCCAGGGUUUUUCCACGGCAAGCUGUAUGUGGGUGGCCAUCCCAGAGACACCUUCAUCAGACUGCCUGGUUGGAGUAAAGGAGUGGUCUUUAUCAAUGGUCAGAAUCUUGGACGCCACUGGUCCAUGGGGCCCCAGCAAACCCUCUACCUCCCCGCCCCCUGGCUUAACCGAGGAAACAAUCAGGUUGUUGUCUUUGAGGAGCAGGAAGCUGAUGGUAAAAUCCAAUUUGCCAGCGAGCCUGACCUUGGAAUGACUGUUGACGUACAGUGAGGAUGGCCUGGUAGAAUGGAGGUAUGGUUAGGAGUUCCAUCCUCUCACGUUUCCACACUCUGCCUGCCAUCAGGGACCUAGCUGGAUAGCUACUCAGAAUCGAUGCACAUCACUGCACAUGGCAUUUAUUUCCUGUUGGGAAGCCCCAGCCUCUGAAGGAUCCAGACUAAUUAAGCAUCCUACUAGAUCUUGCAAACGUAACUGUGCCUUCAUUAUAUUUGAUGGGCCACGGCAAUAUCUGGAUUACAAUGUACUGCAAUAUCUGUUUUGUACUUGUUGUUUGUGUAUUACCUUUACAUACAUACUGUAUGUCUAUUGUGAGAAUUUUGUCAGAGGAUACUAAUUUGGAGAUUUCAGGUAUUUUAAUGUGUAGGUGUUUGUCCGGAUUCAAGGACACAUGUACUUUCACUAUGUCAUUGUAUUUUAUUUGAUUGGACAGCAAAUACAUAGAUUGUGCUUUUGAAAUGAACCAGUGACAUGUGAUGGUGAAUUAAACUGAACGAUCAGUGCAGUGGAGACUCUCAAAUACAAAGACAUUCGCCAAGUA